AUGAUUCCCAAAACAGACAAGGACAGCGAGGUAAUGAGUAAGGCUCGAAAUCUCCGAGGCGUUUGCUGGGGGGAAGAAUAUCAGCGGAUGAUAAGUGGCAUGUUAUAUACUCCCUUAGCACCAGAUCUCAUAGAGGGUCGGUCGCGAGCAAGGCAGCUCACUGGAGAGUUCAACGCAUCUAUUUACGGAGACGUCGCAUCGGAAAAGACCGCUCACCAGAGAGAAACCAUCCUCAAGAAUCUCUUCGGUCGCACGGGGCAUAGUAUUUACAUUGAACCUCCUCUCUUUGUCGACUAUGGAUGUAAUAUCAGUGUAGGCGAGAGCUUUUAUGCCAACUUCCACCUUACCAUUCUCGACUGUGGGUUGGUCUCGAUUGGGAACAAUGUGGAAAUUGGCCCGAAUGUCAGUAUCAUCACCGGGGAGCACCACACCAUGAUCGAAGAGCGGAGAGCACAUCGAGGAUGUGAAUUUACAAGGGGUGUUGCUAUUGGAGAUGACUGCUGGAUCGGUGCUGGUGUUAUCAUUUUGGCCGGUGUUACUAUUGGCUCGGGUUGCUCGAUUGGCGCCGGCUCUGUCGUGAAGGCAGAUAUUCCGCCUUUUAGUAUUGCGGUUGGAGUUCCUGCGCGGGUGAUCCGUUCAGCUCAACAAGAGACAACUGUCGAGUAG